AUGAUGGAGGAGUCGAAGCUGACGCGUUUCCAGAGGCGAUACCUGAUGGACUGCGUGAAACGAGGAGAUGCCCUGCCCCUCCAGUGCCACCCCACAUCCAGCAAAGAGCCAGCGCCUGCAGCGCCUGCUUUCUCCCCACCAGUUUGUCAGCCACGUUUGUCAGCUAAACCGCACCUCCGACCCGCCAAGGUCUGCCAGGCAGGAGAUGCCUACACCCGAGAGAAAUUCAAGCCACGGGCAAGGCGAGAUUUGGAAAAGGAGAAGCAAAGGCUCCAAAACAUCUUGGCAACAGGGAAGGAUGUGGUGGAGCAGAAGGUGAAGCAGAUGCUGGUUCAAACAAAGGAAGAGGAGACACCUGAGCCUGACCGCUUUGAAGAAUUGGUGAAUGAAGUUCAGGAGAGGAGGGAAUUCCUGGCAGAGAUGGAAGCUCUAGGACAGGGCAAGAAGUACCAAAGGAUUGUCCUGACUGAAAUCUCACAGAAAAUGCGUGAGAUGGAGAUCAUGGACAAGAAGAGAAGUGAGGAAAUGAGAGAGAUCAUGAUGAAAGACUUCCCUGGUGGGAACAAAUGCAAUCCCCAUGACUAG